GGUUCCAAGAUGGCGGACAGAAUGGACCGGUUUGAAGCACUCGAACAACAACUGGAGAUGUUUAUUGAAAACACGCGCCAGCUUGGUAUUGUAGUCAGUGAUUUUCAGCCACAAGGACAGAGUAAUAUGAACCAAAAGAUACAGAAGAUGGUUGCUGGGAUGCAGGAGAUUGACAAACUAAAAUCACAGAUGGGAGAUAUCAAUGUUCCAUUGGAAGUUUUUGAUUACAUUGAUCAAGGGAAAAACCCAAACCUCUACACUAAAGACUGUUUAGAAAAGGCACUUGCUAAAAAUGAGCAAGUUAAAGGAAAAAUAGAUAAUUUGAAGAAAUUCAAGACAUUGCUGCUUGUUGAAUUGGACAAAGUGUUCCCUAAAGAAAUUAACACAUACCGAGCUCUGAGAGGAGAUGACCGGCCCUUAUAGCACACCACUAUAUCUUGUGUAGCAAGGCAGCUAGAACAGACACGUCUAGUAAUGAACAGAAAACUGAAUGUGUAUGUACCUUCAACCAAGAAAAUGUAUAGGGACAUCCUGGUAUCAAACUUACUCUUUCAGAAAUUAUGAUUUUAGGGAAAUAAUAUUUUAGCACAUUUUGUGCUGAUUGGAAAGGCAUUAAAUUAUGAUAAUUGCUAAGUAUAAUAUCACUUUAUUCCAUCACUUGAAUUAUCAUAGAUUCCUGUAAUGCUCAUCAUCAUGGUUGUAAAUUGAAAAUUGUUGCUGUUUCAAGGAAAUAUGAGUAAGCUGAUAAAUAAGUAUUUUGUACAUAGUAUUAUGUGAAAUAUGAGUGAGCUAAUUAAUAAGUGUUGUAUUAUAUGAAAGGUUUUCGGAGGUCAUCAAUUGGUGUUUCCUUUUAUUGACAAGACAUUGGAACUUGUGUUUGGUAAGUCGUCUCUAAUUUCUUGUGAGACAGUUUAUACUACUAUGUUAACCCUUUCACCCCUAUGUAACUUUAAUAGACUCUACUAUGCAUUGAUAUGGAUGAGUACAUUGUGGUCUACACAUGUACAGUGGUUAAAGGGUUAAUGUGUAGUUCAAAUAAGAGAAACUUAAAGCUGAAUCUUACAGGGGUGAAUUUGAACCAUUCAACUAGCCUGAUACACAGUGCUUCUAGAUUUUAUGUCAGGCCUAUAUAGCUAGUAAACAAUUUUCAAUAUUUACCAGGUUAUAUAAAAAUAUAGGUUGGUGUAGAAUUCUGCCUGCAGGCUAGUACUUUAAGUUUGAUAUUGUACAUAUCUUUAUUAAAAAUGCUGUCGAUCUAAUUGAACAUAGGCUAGGAUGAUAAGAAAUUGAUCAAUCAAAGUUGCAAAACCCGAUUAGUUUUGAAUGAUUUGGUUUAAAUCUUCAUUUGACACCCGAUAACCCUAUGCAUAUAGUUUUUAUCACAGCACUUUCCACACGCAUGUAUAUUAUUUAAAUCAAUAUCAGGAGAUUUCGUAAUACCUUUGUAUUAUAAUGUAACAUUCGCUAAUUAGGUGUAAACAUGUAUUGUAUUUUUGUGUUCAUUGUGAAUAUCUAUAAAUGUCCUUGCUUAUGUGUGUCGGCCAUAUUUUUGAGUGUAUAGAAAAAUGAGAAAACAUGUUGUUUGUAGGUGGAAUUAUCAGGGAAUAUGUUCUUUUGUGGAGAGAUUUGUGUAUGUAGAGAAAUAACAGAAAAUGUUUUUCGGAGGUAGGGUGAUAUGAGAAAAUACUUUGUGUACAUGGAGAGAUACAAAAAAAUGUUUUGUAUUCGUAGAGAAAUGAGAGGUGUCUUUUUAUUGGUAGGGAGACCAUAGUUUUUGUAUGCAUGGAGGGUAUGAGAAAAUGUCUCAUCAAAUGGUAAGUUGUAUCUGAGUGUCAUCAAUAAAAGUAUGCAAAUCCAGUUUUGUUA